CUUCACCGCCGUGGUUUAUCUGCGAUCUGCCAGAUCCUUCAUUGCGCUGCUCUGUUGCGGGGAAAUCUUUGUACAGAAGGCACUUGUCAAGGUGAUUACUUGUUCUUUGUGAAAUUCUCGAAAGGAGGAGACUCUUCACGACGUACUCCCCGCAAUAUCUUCCCCAUGGGCCUUUCAGACGCCCUCAACCGGCGCGUUCGGGCGCGGCCGCAAGAAGAUGAAGAGAUCUACUCAGAGCUUUCGGCAUCUGACGAAUCGGGUGAAGAAGUCUCUGGAUCAGAAGAAGAGGCAGACGGUACAGAUCUGUCAGAUGCAGGAUCAGAAGAUGACGAGGAUGACGCCUCCCAGGCUGAGGACGAUAAGUCAGACAAUGACUCCGGUGACGAAGACGAAGACGAAGUUGAAGAAGGCGAAGAAGAAGAAGAAGAAGAGGACAUCCAAUCGACCCUAAACAACAUCUCCUUCGGCGCCCUCGCCAAAGCACAAGAUUCCUUCGGAAAGCGCAAAAAAUCAUCCGACACGACAACCAAACCGUCCAAUACAAGCUCCACAGUUGAAGAAAUCCGCGCUCGACUGCGCGAAGCGCGAGAAAAGAAACUCAAAGAAUCUUCCAAUUCCAAUGGGAAAGAUGCCUCGAAACUCUCCCGCUCCUCCAAGCACGCACCUACAAUACAAUCGUCCAAACGUGCCGUAUCGCGUAAGCGCAUCGUUGUCGAAACUCCUGCGACUGCUCAACCUCGCGAUCCGCGCUUCGAUCCAACCGUCCUCUCGAACAGCGGCGCAAGAAGUAACCCCAACGCUGCGAAUAAAGCCUACUCUUUCCUAGACGAAUAUCGCGCCUCGGAACUCAAGGAACUCAAGCAACAACUUGCCAAGACAAAGAAUCCUGCACAGAAGGAGGAAUUGAAACGUAGGAUCCGCUCUACGUCCGACCGACUACGGGCUAUCGAGGAUAAGAAGCGCGAACAGGAGAUCGUUGCGGAGCACAAGAAGCGCGAGAAAGAGCUUAUCCGGGAAGGAAAGAAGAGCAAGCCUUAUUUCCUCAAGAAGUCCGAUAUCAAGCGGGAGAUGCUCAAGAAAAAGUACGAGGCGAUGGGAUCUCGGGAGAGGGCCAAGGCUCUGGAGAGGAAGAGGAAGAAGAUUGCCGGCAAGGAGAGGAAGGAGAUGCCGUGGGGUCGGAGGGGUAUGGAGGCCGAUACGGGGGCUGGUGGUGGAGGUGGAAAGAGAAGGAGGACAGAGGAAUAAUUAUCCUUCUUCCUUGUCUUUUUCGUAUUUCCGGCGUUGUCUAUUUCUUUCGCAUGGUCUUUCUAUA